CGCGAAUAAGAAGCGGAAGCUAUUCCCGGUGUUUUCUGUUAAAUUAUUCAGUACAUUUCCAAUAAUUCACUAUGGAUACUGCCAUUAAAGUGACUCCUAAAAUGCCGAACACUUUCAACGAGUUCUCUGGGCACUUGGAACCUCGCGAUGAAACCUGUGUAGCUCAGCUGCAGGCGGUGCAUCCAAUUAAACAGUCGGAAUUAAACUACGAUCAGCACCGCCACAACUUGAACAUGCAGAUGCUCCGGAAGCGCGAAGGUCUUGCAGCACCACUGAAGAUUGCGAUGGAGCUGAAAGCAGUCUCGAAGGUCGGACAUUUGCCGUUUCUCCCAUCAACGAACGUCGCCCGUGAUGUAUUGACCGGCCGCGAUGAACUGAUCGAAUAUACAGAUAUAUUUAAUUUGGAAGAGCACCAAGAAAUCAUGCGCCAACCUCAUGCGGUGAUGGAUAAAGCUCUGGGAAUGAUGUAGGAAGGAUAUAUAUUAUACGAUACCAGCA